AUGCGUGCUUCGCAGGCGCUGAGUCCUCCGCGGCUCGUUUCUAAAAUACUAAUACUAUCAUUUCUAACAAAUAUCUACUCACUACCUCAGAAACACCUACUGUGCCAACUGCCAGGCACUCAAACAUGUAUUUCUUGGGUAAUUAAUAUACAGGAUGCAAAAGAUAUUGAUGAUAUUCGUUCGAAAGCAAACAUUGCUAGUUAUUGUGGUCUUAGUGAUAUCUCGGCUCAUCGGGAGUUCUUCAAGGUGAAGAUUAAGCCCCUUAAUGGAACACCCUCAAUAAAGACGAUAAUUUGCAAACGGGUCACCAAACACGACCAUACACCCGAUUGGUCAGAAGUGGCGGGAACUUUAGGCAACAGUAUUAGAGUGCGUCGACAAGGUAACACACCCAGAGGCAGGUACCGAGGACAAACACAAUCUCAGUACUUGGCAAUAGACCGGGGCAACGGUAAAGAUGAGGGGAAAGCGGAGGCCCUCUCAGCCGCGGAUUCUUCGAGGGCUAGUGUCAGUGGAAACAGCGGUAUGGGUCAAGCUCAGAGCCAAUCAAUAUAUGACCCAAGCUGUGAUGAUUGCUACGGAAAAUCGGAUCAUGAAGUUGAAAAUCUUAAGCGACCAAGUGUAUCAAGGCAAGGUUAUACUCCAGAUGGUGGAGGUCAAAGGCCCGGGUAUAAUCAAAAUGGCGCAUACAACCCCCCCGGUACACAAACCUCCGUAACUCCAGGUGGUGCAAGUUAUCCUCCAAGUGGACCAAACGGUGGUGGAAGCUAUCCUUCCGGUGGAACAAUUGGUGGUGGCGGCUUCCCUCCAAGUGGCACAACAGUUGGUGGUGGCUAUCCUUCAAGUGGAACCACGGGUAGUGGAGGCUACCCUCCAAGUGGAGCAAACGGUGGAGGUGGCUAUCCUCCAAGUGGGACAGCCGGUAGCGGAGGCUAUCCUCCAAGUGGAACGACUGGUAGUGGAGGAUACCCUCCAAGUGGAGCAAACGGUGGACGUGGCUAUCCUCCAAAUGGGAGAACAACCACUGGUGGAGGCUAUCCUCCAAGUGGAACAACUAGUAGUGGAAGCUACCCUCCAACUGGAACGAAUGGUGGUGGAAGCUAUUCUCCGCGAGGAACAACCGGCAGUGGAGGCUAUCAGCCAAGUGGAGUAGCCGGGAGUGGUGGCUACCCUCCGAGUGCAACAACCGUUGGUGAUGGGUACCCUCCAAGAGGAACAAACGGUGGUGGAGGCUAUCCUCCAAGUGGAGUAACCGGAGGUGUAAGAUACCCUCCAAGUGCCACAACCGGUGGUGGUGGCUACCCUUUAAGUGGAACAAAUGGUGGUGGAGGCUAUCCUCCAACUGGAACAACCGGUGGUGGUGGCUACCCUCCAAGUGGAACAAACGGUGGUGGUGACUACCCUCCAAGUGCAACAACCGGUGGUGGUGGCUACCCUCCAAGUGCAACAACCGGUGGUGUUGGCUACCCUCCAAGUGCAACAACCGGUGGUGUUGGCUACCCUCCAAGUGCAACAACCGGUGGUGGUGGCUACCCUCCAUUUGUAACAACCGGUGGUGUUGGCUACCCUCCAAGUGCAACAACCGGUGGUGGUGGCUACCCUCCAAGUGCAACAACCGGUGAUGGUGGCUACCCCCCAAGUGCAAUAACCGGUGGUGGUGGCUACCCUCAAAGUGCAACAACCGGUGGUGGUGGCUACCCUCCAAGUGCAACAACCGGUGGUGUUGGCUACCCUCCAAGUGCAACAACCGGUGGUGUUGGCUACCCUCCAAGUGGAACAACCAGUCAAGGAGACUAUACUCCAGGAGCCACGGUAGGAAGUAGAGGUUAUCCUCCAAUUGGAACUGGAAAAGGAGAUUACCCACCAAGUAGAACCGGACAAACUGGAGGUUAUUUUCCAACUGGAACAAGUGAAGAUGGCAGCUAUCGUGAAGGUGCUACGACUGGCGGUGGAGGUCACCCUUUCAGUGGUACAAUCGGAGGUGCUGGUUAUCUUCCUGAUGGAACAGCUGGAGGCAGACGUUACCCCUUAGAUGGUACAACCGGAAGUCUGGGUUAUCCUCCGAGCGAAAUACCGGGAGUUGGAGGUUAUCCACCAGCUGGAACGACCGGAGGUGGCACUUAUUCACCGGGUGGAACGCCUAGAGGUGGGACUUACCCUCCCAGUAAAACAACCGUAGGUGAUAGCUACCCUGUAAGUGGAAUGGCAGGAAGUGGAGGUUAUUCGGAACCAAGUGGAACAUCUGGAAAUGGCGGUUACACUCCAAGUGGGACCAGCGAAGGCGGAGGUUAUCCUUCUAGCGGAACCAUGGGAGGGGGAGGUAACUCUCCCAGUGGAGGUUACCCAUUCGGUUCGACUGGAGGGGUGGGUUUUCCUGCGGGUGGAACGAAAGAAAGUGUAAAUUACCCUACAACUGGAACAACUGGAACUGGUGGUGUAGGUUUUCCUCCAGUUGGAAUAAAUGGAGGUAGGAGUUAUCCUCAAAAUGGAAUAAGUGGAGGUGUAGGUUACACGUGGCCAAUGGCGUCUGGUCCAAUCAAAGGUCCUGAUGGAAAUAACUAUUUCUGUUGUGUUCUUCCCAAUGGUGCACCAGGUGGGGGCGUUUAUAGGUACGGACCUGGAAAUGAAAUAUCAAACUCUUUAGGCAGAAACCCGUUAAGUGGCAAUCAGUAUCCUGGAGGCGGAGUACCAAAUAACUUAAUAUCUACGCAAACUAAUCCUGAUGGUAUGAAUCUCGGAAGACCACUGGCACCCUCUACUGGACCGUAUAGUACAAAUAAUAAUCAAAAUCAACCUAACGGAUUUUACAGUUCUGGUAAUGAACGACCCGGUGGGCCGACAAGUCAAUUGGGUGUCCCUGGUGGGCCUAAUGCAAUUACUGGACCUACUAGUAAAUUUGGUGUUUCUGGUGGACCUAAUGGAGUUUCUGGACCUCCCAGCCAAUUUGGUGAUUCGGGUGGGCCUAGAGGAAUCACAGGACCUACAAAUAAAUUAGGUGUUUCCAAUGGUGUUCAGGGACCUAACGGCCAAUUUGGUGUACCUGGUGCGCCUGGCGGAGUUACUGGCCCUACUAGUCAGUUUGGUGUCCCUGGUGGGCCUACUGGAGUUAAUGGUCCUACCAGCCAAUUUAGUGUACCUGGUGGGCUUAGUGGAGUUACUGGACCUACAAGUCAAUUUGGUGUCCCUGGUGGGCCUAGUGGAGUUACAGGAACUGCAAGUCAAUUUGGUGUCCCUGGUGGACCUAAUAGAGUUUCAGGACGUAAUGAUGUAAAUUUAGCUGUUAAACCAAAUGGAGUUUCUGGUCAGUUUGGAAAAGAUAUUCCUGGAACAUUCCAAUUACCAGGAAGAGGUUCUGGAGGGUCAUAUGAAACCAAUCAACCAGAUGAAUCUAAUGCAUCUAAAAACUACGGUGUUCCUAGUCCCGGGCCUGAAGGUCAGUAUGGCACUGACAGUCCUGGUGGACCAAACGGCCGAAUUGGUUACUAUGAUAGAACUGGAGGACCUAAUAUCCCAGGAGGACAGUUUGUUCCAGGUGGUUCUAAUAAAAAUUAUGAUAAUACUCCCGAAGGUUCAUAUGGUACAGGUAAUUUUGAACAGGAUAAAAUAGGUACGCGGCCAGACGGAUCGUAUGAAUCCAGUGGUAGAACUGUUCCAACCAGCCUACCAGGUUCAUUUGGAACUGGAUCUUUAGGAGGUACUCCUGAUAAGCAGUACAGUUCCGGUGGUCGAGUUGGAACAAAUAUUCCGCAAGGGCAAUAUGGUAUCGACCUUACUGGCCGGCCGUAUGGUUCACAAACCCCAGAAGGAUUUAACGGGAAAUAUGGCCAAACGAACGGUAAUUCGCUCCCAGGUUUAUCUGAAGGAUCAUAUAACUUCCCGUCAACGAAUAACUUUGUAUCAGGUGGUACAGGACAAGGACCCCACGGGAGUCCCAGUGGCGGCGUAGGUCCUCUAGGUCCUAAUGGUGCAUCAUAUGAUCCCCAGGGCACACUGACCGGGACCGUGGGGCAAUACGGCAAUCCACAGACAAACCAGGGGAUCCCAGUUGGGCAACAUAAUGACAAUAAUGGUAUUCCUCAAAACUAUAUGGACCCAAAUGCUAUUUCGGUCGAUGGCGAUGAUUCUGAAGCUGAAGCCAGUGUUGCUCAAGCUUCAAACGGCACCUCUGCCAGUGCAUCAGCCAAAGGUGGCAAUGACAAAGAGAGAGCGCAAACAAAUGUACAUGGAACAUACACGGGCUCUGGAUCCUUCCAAGCACAAGCACAAAUCACUGGUGAUAAUAAGGAAGCGCAAAGUGAAGUAAGUGGCGGGAAAAAGGGAGCUUCUAGUUCUGCGUCUGGCAGCGGUCGAAAUAAUAAAUCUCAAGCUACUGUUCAACUUGGUUCUGAAACUGGGUCGCUUCAGACACAGUCCCAGAGUAACGGUGUUAUGCAUUCUUCAAACUCACAAGUACAAGGUACCGUCAAAGGUGGUAUGGCCGAUGCUCAAGCUCGUGGUCCCGGCAGUACUUCUUCUCAAGCUCAAAUUGGAUUCACACCCUACAAAGACAGUGACAAAAUGUUGCACGAUUCUCAACAAACUCCAUUUAUGGGUGGAGGUGUAGCAUCAGCGCAAUCAAGUGGGCGCACCGGCCAGUCUCAAUCGCAACUACACGGUACCUUCAAAUAUGGUAUAACAUAUAAUGGAGCGGCUCAGUCAGGUUCUAGUCUAGAUAAGGAUACAGUAUUUCCAAAUAGACUUUCUUUUGAAAAAAUUGACGUUUUUGAUGAAAAUGAGAAAAACAUAAACGUAGACAUGACCGAAGUGUCUGAAUUUUCGAACACUGAAAGAACACCGCCAGAAUCAAUAACGACUUUACCUGAAUUACCGACCUCGGAGCAAUCCUCAUUUGAGUCAAAGCUAAUUAGAGAAGAAUCUACUACAGAAUACGCAAUGGAUGAAACGAUGAAGAAGUCAGAAAGUCGAUAUUCCAGUCAUACGCAUUUAGAUCAUCACAAAACUCCGUCCUCCGUAAACCAAUAUAUUCCAGGUGGGCCUAUUUUAAUAAAUAGUAGAAAAUCUUUCAACACAAAUUAUAUUCCAAAUACAGAUUACGAAUUUACUACAGAUAAGGAUGAGAAUCAGCCUGACAAUUAUGAUACGGAUGUUGGUUUUGACACUGAUGGCAAUGAUGCAACGGACGUGGACCAAGGUGAUUAUUCCAAUUAUGAUGAUUUUACGAGAGAUUCCCCAUCCCAUCAAUCAUAUUUAAGUCCAAGUAGAAAAGGGCUUGAAGUACGACAAACUUUAGGUGGUAAUAACCAACAAAUCGUUUUAGGUGCCUUAAAAAAUCAUGACGCCGAGAUAACUCAAAGAAAUUCAGAAAUCCCAGAUGAAAGUAAAGUUUAUCAGCCUGGUGAGCGCAUUCCUGGUACUGGAGGUUACACAAUACCAAUUGGCUUUACUGGAAGUGUCAAAUCCGUUGCAUCGAAAGACAAAACAUACGUUGUAGGUUCCAGAGAUUCCCCGUCUCAAGCGCAGACUGUAACACUUACGCCAGGAACUGGUAAAGUCAAAUACUCGUAUCCACAGUCUCAUGCUAAAUAUGUGAAACCCAAGAAUUUGAGAUCAUUGCACAGUCCAAAAGAGAACAACAGAUACGUCUCAGUUUCUAAAUCAGUUACUCGUGCACUUGACGACGAAAACAACAUUCGCAAACAAUACUCGCACACCUAUUAUACAAAAUCAUCAUCAUGUGGCUAUUUCACCUUUACCUGUACGAUGGUGAGCAGCGCAGAAGGGCGAAAAAAGGUGUGUAAACCCAAGUUACCUUCUAACCCAGAUGGAACUCCUAUAAGGUGUUAA